AUGUGGAGAGCGGUCGCCGCCGCCUCGGCCCCGGCGCGGGCCCUGUGCCGCGCCCCGCCGCCGGCCGCACCGCCGCGGCGGCGGGCUGUCAGCGUGGCCGUGUCCCCCGCCGCCGGCCUGGCGGACGAGCAGGUGGAGACGCGGGUGGCGGGGCUGGGCCCGGGGCAGCCGGUGACCCUGCGGGCGGUGGCGGCCGAUGAGCGCGGCUGCCUCUUCCAGUCGUGCGCGCACUACCGGGCGGACAGCCGCGGCGAGCUGCACCUGGGCACGGACGCUUCGCACGGCGGGGACUACACCGGCGUGGAGCCCAUGGGGCUCUUCUGGAGCCUCGCCCCCGCCGGCAUGGAGAGGCCGUACCAGCGGCUCGUUCCCCGCAGCACCGGCACCCCGAUGAAGGUGGAGAUGUUGGUCCACCAGGGCCACAGCCUGCCCGGCGCCAUCCCCGGGCCGGUGGUGGCCAAGGCCGAGGUGGAGAGGUGGUUCACGGCCCCCGGCGUGCGGAGGAUCCGGCUGAAGGAGGGAGGUGUAAGGGGUUCCCUCUUCUUGCCGCCGGGGGAUGGCCCCUUUCCAGGAGUGAUUGACAUGUACGGGGAUGAAGGAGGUUUGAUUGAAUUUAGAUCCAGUCUCCUGGCUACCCGUGGUUUUGCUGCUCUUUCUCUGCCAUAUUUUGACUUUGAAGAUCUGCCUAAGGUCAUGAAAGAAUUCAAACUCGAGUACUUUGAGGAGGCAGCUAGAUUCCUACGGCGUCACUCAAAGGUCAAGGGACCAGGAGUUGGAGUGAUUGGGACUGGGAAAGGGGCAGAAUUAGCACUCUCCAUGAUCACCUUCCUGCCAGAAGUAGUGGCUGCUGUCUGUAUCUCCGGCUGUAGUUCAAACACAGUUGCAGACCUCCAUUAUGGUGAGAUGACUCUGCCUGGGCUGCGUUUUGAUAUGAAUAAGGUCAGUGUUUCUGACGCUGGUGUAUUUGACAUUUUUGAAGCUCUGGAUGACCCAACGAAUCCUGCUAAUUCUCCUUGCACGAUCCCCAUUGAAAAAGCAGAAGGUCACUUUCUCUUAGUGGUAGGGGAAGAUGAUCGUAUGUGGAAGAGCUCCUUAUAUGCUGAGCUGGCAAUCGGGCGUCUACGCCAGCAUGGGAAAGAAAACUUUGAACUCUUGAGUUAUCCAGGAGCAGGUCACCGAAUUGAUCCUCCUUCUACUCCAUUUUGUCAGGUAGCUAUGGAUCGUGUUCUGGGGGUGCCUGUUCUGGGGGGUGGAGAGAGCAAAGCACAUGCCCAUGCACAGGAACACUCCUGGGGAAAGAUUCAGGAGUUUCUGCACUUGCAUUUGGGAUGAACACUUAAGCACCUGCAAGCUGUUGCAGAACUGCAGAGGACUGAGCUUGAGCCACCAAAAUGACAGGUGAAUUGGAGGGACUGACUGAGAAGAGCUUUGAAAUAUGAAAUAACCAAAUGACUACUUAGCUACAAGUAUAAAUCCAAAAAGAAAGGGAUUUAUUUGGACUAGCCUAAGUUAUUUUAACUAGGUACACAGAGGAGAGGUGAAACAAUAAUAAGUAGGCUACACUGUAGUACAAAUUUGACAGCCUGAAUUGGUCAUGAUAUCAAGAAACAAGUAUCUGAAGAGAGUAGUAGGUACUUUCUUGCUUGCAGUAUUUAGACUCAGAGAAUUUAACGGCUAGCCUGCACCCUCAGCAAUUACAGACUGGAUCGCACCUGGGGAAUUAUGGCAACCCAUGGAUGAUAAACUUUGACAUCAAAAUGGUGAAUCAUUCUGGCUUUGGGUCUUAAGUUACCCUAGCCCAGAACUCUCAGACUUACAGCCAUAUACACUUUGGAAAUGUUUUCUAUUUACACGAAGCUGGGGAUGUCUAUUUGUAAUGAGGCUUGUAUACCUUGACCUUAGGUAGUGGUGUUCUGGUGACACAGUCUGUUUCUUUCCAACAAAAACUACCUGUAGCGUGGGAAAAGGAAGAGUACUUUUCCUGUCAUACAGGGAGAAUGGCAGCACUAGCACUGUCUUCUAUUAGGGAUGUUACCAUCUGUUCCUAUAAUGUAUUGGAUUGGCAUUUGACACUCAGGGUAUUAAAAUUCUGUUGGAUAGGUUAAAGCAUGGUUAAAUGUAGUUAUGCUAUGUGCGAGUCUUACUUCUCUCUUCAUUGCUUGUUUUAAACUAAUAACACCUGCCAUUAAGUUAGGGAUUAAUUAUUUGUGGAACUUUUUAGUAAUGAUGUCAACAGAUGCUGACAGCUGUUCUUAGGGAGGAAGCAGAGUUGAGACAGAAAACCAAGCCAGCAGAAGAUUAAGACUGACUGUAAAAAGCUGUCACCUUAUGGCGAUGAUUAACUUAGAAUCGUAACACUUAAACCAACAAAACCAAAAUGAACAACACCCACUCCCCCCACCCAAAAACCCAAAUCUAGGAUCUUUUCCAUGACUGCCUGAGAUGGUUUGGUUUGGUUUGGUUUUUUAUCCCAAUUAAUAUUUGGCUAGUGCCUUAUUUCUCCCCACUGUUCAGGCAGAAAGGAACAACUUCCCAAAGGAGUUGAUCUCUCGAGAGGGUCUUGCUGGAAUAGCGCCAGUGCUGAAGGCCUGUUUAACAAGGGCCUCUAUCAAUACAAUUUCUCCUUCCAAGGUCAUUUUGUCAGACCAAUUUGAGAGCUGCCCAGGAAGAUACAAAACCUUCAGUUAUGGUUCUCAGUUUUGCUUUGCUCUCAGGGAUCUUUUCUCUCCAGUUAACUGUCAUUAUGCUGCUGCUCAGGUCUCAUUAGCUUUCUGCAACUUUUAUUACUCCUUAUCAUUUGAUUGAAGUCCUACGUUCUCCACACGCCAUCACUGCCAAUUGAACAAUUUAUCCAUCCACUCCUUACAAGAGAGGCUCCAUUCUGCUCACUCCAUACAAAAUGUCUUCACGCCUAGUCUCUCUAAACUCCCUCGCUGGCUGAAGAGGCCUUCGCGGAGUCGUAUCUGGUGCUUGAACCUCCACUAAAACCGGCAGCCCCAGAAGUCCAGGACCACAGCCUGCUGUGAUGUGCAUGUUGGCGUCACCCAUGCUUAGUACCCUGCCUUUUUCCCAAACUCACUCCAAGUUGCAGCCAUGGAGGAAAGGGUUGUCUGAAGGUUUACGUUGGUUCAGUCUGCCUUGUCAUGUGCAUCUUCAGUAGCUGGAGCUGUGUAAUUGUGGUAGAGCAGCGCCUCCCCUAACCCUGUUUUGUUACCCUCCCAGUACUGAUACCUGUGUCUCCACGCUGCAGUCCUACCUCAGCAUAUCCACUGCCAUGCAAGAUCGCAAGCUGGAGGUUCUGGAAGUAAAUGUUAAGUUGUAAAUAAAACAAAAACCAGGUAGCUUAAAAGUCCUCAGACUUCAUUUCUAAAGCACAAGCCUUUAAAAUAAUUCAGUGUUAGAGGUUGUCAGAUAUAUGCAAUUUGAAAGAGAAGUAAAAUACUUCCUUUAUUAAAAAGCAAGCCUGUGUAAGAAUUUGAUGUUAUAAUUCUGUUUCUGAAUAGUUCAUUUGUUUGGAAAGCUGAAUGAUAUUUUUUAAACAAAGAAAGGAGGAAAAAUAAGAAUAAUAUAAUUUUACUGUGAAGAUCCUUUUGUGAACAGGUCACGGUAUUCCUGGACAAAGUAAGUCACAGAAGGGUCUGCAGAAAACCAGCUGACUUUUGCACUAGUAUUUUGUAUAUUUACAAUGCUACUUGGAGACCAAAGAUAAAUCGCAGACACUCUGCAGAUAACAUAGCUAUUUCCUGAAGUAUACAUUAAACUGAGUGCCUGAUUACGGCCUUAGUUAAAGCCA